UAACUAACGUUAACGUAGAUGAUAUUGACUGCACCGUCGGCUUACACAAUAUGAGAAAACACUGGCAGGUGGUUUCAUUUACAGCUUCUUGGACAUGGGGUACGGACCGCCUGCGAUCUAAGGAUAGCUUGGUUAGUAGUACUCUACAGCUGAUCUCUGCUGAAUCAGGCAUGCCGUAUGACGUGUAGCCCUCGGUACCGAAUUCCCGCUCUCGACCCCUGCGCACAUCGGUCUGCACUUGCCGCGCAGCACCGCCCGCAGUCGUACGCAGUCAUCCGCAACGUGAGAAGAACGUACAGCAGCGUACAGCUAACUGACAACCGCUCCGCAUCAGGCCGGAACAUCAAUCACUGUACUAGUAGAAGCUUGCAAGGUGUGCCUGUAAGUUCGGACGGUCCCAUCUGCGCAGCAUCCCCCAGAGUACAAAUGGUGCGAUCCCGAACUACUUCAUCCCGCCACUGAGCGAACUCAGAAUCUCGUAUCCCAUGGAUCCAAUCAAUACUCAGCCUUAUUCCCCUCCUCCGCCGGGCUAUCUCUCAGCUCCUCUGCUCCCGCAAAAUGAGGAGAAACACGGAGACACCCUGCCACCUGAACAAGUCGCAGUCUUUCAGGGAUAUGGUGGCUACGGUGUUCUCUACCCCCAUGAAAGCCAAAUUCCUGCCCCAGGCAGUUUCCAACCGCGCCGACCGAGGUCGAGGACCAGGCGACUCAUCGUCCGCGCGGUGCACAUGCUGAUGUUGUUCACCGUCUCCGUCAUGCUCCUCCCGACCUUUUUGCGUGGCAUCGCUCGCAUCUCGCACGCAGUAAGUAG